AUGGAUGAAGAGCCUUCACGCAAAUAGGAUUAGAAAAUUUCAGCAAAUAAACCCGCAACCCAAUCUCGGGCUGACGUUACCUCCAGAGGCUUGGACUUCUCGUUUGCGACCGCGAGGUCAUCAUUCACCAACUUAUUGGCCCCACGGCUGCUGCCUUGCAAUGCAAAUACCCUUGUAGAUCUAAACUUGCGCCAUGCUCAAUAUUUUAGGGCCUUACCCAACUCCAAAGCGCCCACCUCCCUUCGCAAUCAAUGGAGCCUGACACCGAAAUCCAAUUCGAGUUCUUCCCUUUCAUCCGCCAGUACAAGAGCGGCCGCACUGAACGCUUCUUUCCCAUCGACAAAGUUCCUUCCGCCGUUGACCCCGUCACCGGCGUCAGCUCCAAAGACGUCGUCACCGACCCCGACACCGGCAUCUCCGCCCGCCUCUACCUCCCCAAUCUCCCCCACACCCCUCCGAAAAAGCUUCCAGUCUUCGUCUACUUCCACGGCGGAGGCUUCGUCAUCGGCUCCGCCUUCAGCCCCACCACCCACGCGUACCUCAACUCCCUCGUAGCCCGAGUCAACGUCAUCGCUGUCUCGGUGGAAUACCGCCUGGCCCCCGAGCACCCGCUUCCCACAGCCUACAACGACUCCUGGGCGGCGCUGAAAUGGAUGGCCUCCCACGCCCUUGGCGGCGGCGCCGAUGCUUGGCUGGCCGAGCAUGGAGACUUCCAACACGUCUAUUUGGCAGGCUGCAGUGCGGGGGCCAACAUAGCCCACCACAUGGCGGUGCGCGCCGGGGCGGCGGAGCUCGGAGCUGGGGUGAGGAUAGAAGGGGUGAUAUUGGUCCAUCCCUACUUCUGGGGGAAACGAUCAUUCGAUGCAGAGAUCGUGGAUAUGGAAGUAAAGAAGAGGGCGGAUGGGUUCUGGAAAUUGAUUUGCCCCGGGACAGUGGGGCUGGACGACCCGCUGAUUAACCCGCUGGCGGAGGCGGCGCCGAGCUUGAAGGGAUUGGCGUGCGAGCGCGUGCUGGUUUGUGUCGCGAAGUUUGAUGUGUUGAGGGAGAGCGGGAGGGAGUACUACGAGGAGUUGAAGGGAAGCGGAUGGGGAGGGGAGGUGGAGUUGUUUGAGUCUGAGGGAGAUCAUGCGUUCCACUCCAAGAAGCCCGACUCUGAGAAAGCCUUGGAGUUGAUGGAGCGUGUCGUUGAGUUUGCAAAUAGCAAUUGAAGGCUCUUUGGAAUUGUGGAUGCUGGAAAGACCUUUUUUUUUUUGCCUUUUUUUCUGCCUUUCUUCCUGAAAUCCUCGUGAUCAAUUAGAGCUCCAAAGCAAUGGUUCUUGUUUCUACCCUUCUUCCCAUCAGAAAAAUUUUUUUGACAGAUUUCAUGUUAUGUUAGUCUAUAUGUGUCAUUUUGCUUCGUAAUGUUUUACUUUUUCAGUAAAUUUUAUCAAUGUAGGAAGUGUUCCCUCGCUAUUGUCGUGUUUAUUUUGUUUA